CUCUCCUGCAGGUUCAUGUUGGGGAGAGGUCUCAAGCGCAAGCUGAGUGACUAUGAGGAGAACAUGGCUGGACUCUCCAGUGCCUUUGACUCCAGUCGAAACCUGCCAUACCCACUCAAGAGGCAGUUGGUGCUCAACAUGUGCCUCACCAAGCUCCAGACAUACAAGAUGCUGGUGGAACCAAACCUGCGCCGCUCUGUCCUCGUAGCCAACACCGUGCGGCAGAUCCAGGAGGAAAUGAGACAGGAGAGCAACCAGCAGCCCAUGACCAUCUGCCCUGGCAUCGCUCCUAGUUUUCACAGCUACACAGGGGUGGAGCCAUCUUGGAUUUCCCUUCAGUUUCCUUCAGGUGUUGGUCAGCAGGAGCCUCACUGCUGCGACUGCGACGUGCUGUCGGGGGAAGACCCCAUCGAGAACAGCCUGCUGAUUGUCUCGGAUGAUGACAUGUCAUCUGCUAUUUCAUCCAUACUGAAGGAUCUAGACUUUGUAGAAGAUAUAAGCCCUUCUACAUGUCUGGUUCCUACUGGAGAUGACCAGCCCAGGUUUGCAGAAAAUCCUGGUCUAAAGCUAGAAGACGAGAGACAGGAUUUGAAGGGAGCUGAGUGUGUCUUUGGUUCCUUUGAGAUUUCAAACUCAACCAGUUACUUGAAGGAUCUGGCAAUAGAUGACAUCUUUGAAGACAUUGACACUUCAAUGUAUGACUCAGACUUCUGUUGCCCCCCACUUAUGCCACCCAGAUCACCAUCUCUUGCUGCAGAGGAACCGCUGAAAACCUUCCCAUCCUGUAAUUCUUCAUCAGCAAACAACAUUCAGAUCUGCAGAACAGACCUGAGUGAGCUGGACCACAUCAUGGAGAUUCUGGUUGGAUCCUGA